CGCUCCAAGACGUUGCUAUCUGUAAACAACAUGGACGACUGGAGCGGACACUUGCUCAUGCAUUAAUCCUAGCCUCCGUCUCUUUCUUGAUCCUGGACUUUAUUUUCAGCAUGGGUUAAAGAUUUACUGUAGCAAAAAUGCCAGGAGUACCAGAUAGAGUUCACUUUGAGGAUGAGGUGAUACUGCGGAAUAUAAAGCUUGACUCCAUUCAAGAGGAAGAAAGCGCAUUCAAACAGCGAGUAGAUGACAUUCUGAACCCCAAUAGCACUUAUCUCACAGAUUUCCUUGGACCAGAUGAACUGGGGGAAGACUUUGGCCUGGAGCCUGAAGAUGCAUACUAUGUGCUUCCCAGCGAGACGGACACUGAAUACAUCAGUGGUCUGGACGACCCAAUGUUGGAGAAGAUCAAAGGCCAGAUAGCAAAGAAUCUGAGGAAAGAAGAGUCGGAUACCAGCUCAGAGAUUUCAUCCAGGACGGAUGAGUCCGCAGAACAAGAGGCUGAGCUCAAUAUCCAUUACUCGGAGCAUUUCACUUCCGUUCCUUAUGGAGUCUUGCCAAAGGCUACCUACACACAUGGUCGCAAAAAUGCAGACAUUAUGGGCAUUGUUUACAAUGGAAGAAUGCGCCAGUUUGUCAUUUUGGAUGGAAAAGGAAUUACUACCUGGAAGCGAGACUCUGGGCUUAAUGGAGAGAGUCGCAUUCAAAGAGCACUAAUGUACCCAAAGUAUGAAUACCGACUGAUUUCUUAUCUUGUGUAUGCCAAGAAGUUCAACUGUUACUUUGCUCUUGGGAAGGAUUUCUCCUUGAAGGUGUUGAAUAGAGACUUUAUUGAGACUUGUUCUGUCAGCGCCAACCUGAGAUCUGUUCUGUUUAUGUUGUUCAAUCCUGUGGGUGACGAGUUGAUUACGGGGGGAGUGGAUGGAACUACGGUUUGGAAAUUUGAACAAGAUGCCACCAAACAACUCACAGAAAUCAAACCUCUUGCUAAUUACAGACUUCGAAGAGUCCGUGACUUGAAGGAUGUUGGAGGUAGCUGGGUGAAGCGAGUGGAUUUAGAUUUCACACUACAACAUCUGUACUGUUGUUCAGACACAGAUCUGUAUGCAUAUGACCUCAAAGGGCAGCUACUCUUCAAAUUUUUGAAAGCUCACACUAUGUCCAUCACUGGUUGUAUCUACUCCCAGUUCUCAAAGACUCUCCUGACUUGUUCCAUUGACACAGAAGUGAAGAUGUGGAGUCUUCGCGGUGGCCUGGUCCACACGUUUCGUGGUCACUCCCGUGCGGUCACCAGUAUUGUGGUGCACCCUGUCAAGCCAUCCAUCAUUGUGACCGCCUCCCUAGACGGGUCAGUUAGAAUGUGGUCACUUAACACAAUGGAGAUUCUCUACAGUGUGGUGAUCUCUACGGAUGGGUUGAUGUGGAUGGGAAUGACAGACGACUGUCUGAUGUACUGUGCCACAGUCAGGAACAUCACUCUCUGGAAUCUCAAUCAGUUCUACGAUUUCUUUGCUGUCGCCAGAAGCCGAAUUUGCCGCCUUUCUCUUGCCACUUGUGAAAACAAAACCACGCGUGUGGUUGCUGAGGGCCAAGAUAGCAGUAUGCGCUUGUUUUCCCGUAAAAGCCAGAAGAAUCUGACGACUGUGUUACCUCCCCCUGAUAUUUCUCCCCUCCAGAGGGUGCUGAGUGCGUGCUACAGCAGGGAGUACAACAUGGUGUUUGUCCUCAUCACGACCAUGGAGAUCUGGGUCUACACAACCAAAACUGAUCCAAGCUGCCGUGUAAUGACUUGGAAUGUCCAUGACCUACAGAUGUCUUACCUGUCCAACAAAGGCAAAAAGGACUCGGACAACCCACUAGGGGGCUGGUCUUCCUCCCUACAAGGUGGCCCCUCCCACAGGGCCACAGAGAACGGGAUGGGUAACGAGAGCCUGGCCACCUGUCACUCCCUCUGUAUCCUGACCUCCACUGCCACCAUGUGGACAGAGGAGGGGUUCUGCUCCCCCAUCCAAAACAUGGACCUGGAAGAGACCUAUCUCCUCAUGGGGAUGGAGGAUGGGAGGAUUUUGUUCAUGGAUCCAGUCACCAAAGGAAAGAAAUACAUGGAGUUUAAAGCUUCCAAGGAUGCUAUUCAGGAGAUGAGACACGACAUUGCCCACAGCGCCCUGAUCACUAUGUGUCACCUGAAGGAGCUAGCCAUGGUACAGAUAUGGAGCCUGCCCCAGCUUCAGCUUCUCCACGAAUUGUACUGCUCGCUUGACAUCGCCUGCUACUCCAGAAUGGGUCAUUUGUUCAUGUCAGGCCAUUUAGAUGGCUGUGUGAACUUCUUCACACUGGAACCAGCAGAGGAUUGGGGAUUGUUCAGAGCAAAAGUUGAGCCAAAUAAAGAUUCAGUUGUGAAGAAGAAGAGGCCUGAACAUAAUGCUGAAGUAGUAGCAAUUGACUCCUCAAAGUCCAUGAAAAUUUUCUGCUCUGCAAGUUUAAAUGGAGUAAUAAGAAUCUGGGAUGAAAACAAGCACCUGGUCACUGAAAUCUUUAUGGACAAGUUGGAAAUAGAUGAGAAUAUUUUACAAGAGGAGCCAGGAAGGAAGAAGAUCAAGGUGGAUGAGCAAGGAAGAAAGACGGUGGAAGAUGAGGGGGAAGACAGCAGCAGUGACCUCCAGGACAGGUCACUGUCUGCAGCCUGCUUCCUUAACAACACAGGGGACCUGAUCAUUGGCUUCAAGAACCACAUCUUUUUCAUUGACCAUACCAAAGUGUGUCCACACCUGACAGUCACAGAGGAAGAGGAAGAAGUUGAUAAAGAGUCGGCCAUUAUUGAGGACCCCUCAGUUAUCUAUGAAGGAGGAGUAUAUCUCCCUGAGCCUGUCACCCUAGAAAACUACCUGGUUCCCUUUGAUUUCAUUGACUUUUCUAAGGACUUUUUGGAGGGAAAAAUUGACCUUGAAGAAAAUUCUGAUAAAGAUGAGGAGAGUGAGACAGAUUCUUCCCUUUCUUUGGCACCAACUGAAAUCUACCAGUCCCCCCUUGAUAGCCCCUGGAGCCGCUCUAUGAUUGACCUGACGUUGGACUCAGAAAUAGACAAGUUUGAACUGCGACAACGAAUGAAUCUCACACUGGAUGAAAUCAACAAGAGAGCUUUGGAGAAUCGGCGAGAAUCAAAAACAUCCACUGAUCGAUAUUUGCGAAGAAAGUUGACAUACCUUGCUCAACUGAGGAGUAAGAAACAUGGUAAGAGAAGGAAAAGAAGGAAGGCAGUGAACAUUGUGGAUGAUGAUGACACACCACAUGCCUCUGAUAAAGAGUCCGAGGGAGAGGGCCUACCAAAGUUUGACUUUCCUAUGUUUGGAUCCUCCCCUGGACCCUCCCCAAUCCCCACACCCUCCUCCCACCCAGCUACCCCAGAGCCAGAAGAAUUUGUAGAGGAACCUGAAGUACAGCCACAAAAACCAUUGGAUGACAAUUUUGUUCUGAAAGAAGUUCCACAAGAGGACACAAUUGGACAUCUUCCCUCAGAUGAAAUAGACUAUGUAAUAAAACAUCCCCCUGUCCCAUCCCUUACACCAGCAAAAGAGUUAGAGUCCCUUGAUUACCCGGAUCAGAGAUCCAAAUUACAAAAAUUACAAGAGAAAUUGUCCCCAGAAUCUCCUGUUUCUUCCCCUUCUCUCACUUUACAAGAGCGUACUUCGAUAUCCCCUGAUACCAAGAGUAUGUCCUUUGUUUUUGAGAGUUCCCCCACCCCCGAUACCAUGACCUCAGAAUGGUCUUCUCAGUGGAGUGAAGAUGUCCAAAUGCCCAGGUCUUGUAGCAAUUCUACAAUAAAUAUUCCAUCAAGAGAAAUGACACCCUUGGAGCUCAACAAUAUCAUUAAUGCACAAGAUUCACCAGACAAUGUUGAUGGAACUGCGCAAAGCGUAAAUAAUGAAGUCAUAUCAGAAAUGCAAUCUGAUCAAAUGUCUAGUGCGAGAAAGGGUACAAAAUCCAAAAAGGAAACCCCCAGGAAAAUUAAAGCUGUCAAGCAGAGAGAAAAGGAAAAUGCAACACCUGACGUAAAGGAUGCAAACGCACAACAACAAGUGGAAACAAAGACAGACUCCUCUGAGGAAGAGGAAGUCAUCCCAGAUCGCCGGAAUAAGUACAGACUGGACAACAUCAAACUGGACGUUAAAGGUCUGAUGAAGGGGGCCGCUAAACACACGGUGAAGAAACAACCCACCAGGAAAACGGACCCCUCACCGGCGAGGUCCGACCACACCCACGCCAAGCCAGAGGAACAGAUUCUGACUCCCGAAGAAUUAGCAAAGAAGCAAGUAGAAGAAGAAAGACGUUUGGAAAGGGCAAAAAAGCAAAUGCUCAAGGAGAGAAAAUUUCCCAAACGUGGAAACAAACCAACGCGUGCAGAGCUUAUUGCAGAACAAAGACGAUUGGAAGAACUGAAGAAACAGCAUCCCUAUGGUGUAGCCCCACAGCUCUCGCAACAACUUAACAAACCAAAAGAGGAAGAGAAAAAAGAGGAAAUGAAAGAUGAAAUAAAAGAUGAGUAUCCUUUGGUACAACUUGAGCCUCCUGAUCUGGACAGCUUUCAAGAUGAGCUCUGGAAUCCACGAGAAACCGGCGUCAGUGGAACCAGUUUAAUGGGAACCAAACUAGAUCUGCCACAAAUUAAGAGGGGUGCCGCUGGUACUCCCGGUCCUAGAAUAAUCAAACCACCACCAACACCUACCCCCAUGUCAAGGGGAGCAACCCCUCUUCCGCCCGAAAAUAACGGGUUUUUACAAGUUCCCUCGACCCCAACUCCUGGAAGCAGACAGGAAGAGAUUGACAAACUUCCAGAUGAAGUAAGGAGGGAGCUUCAAUCCAGACAAGGCCGCAUCUCUCCGUUAAAAGGACGUGAUGAGGAAGAGAUUGAUCGGGAAAACCUUACUCCCGACAUUGAGACAGCUGUCCAAAAGCAGUGGACUGCUCAAAACGAUAUACCGGAAAGGCCCCGUUCAGAGACUCCUACCGCGGCUCUUAAGAAACUCUCAGACUCACGAAAAAAGCCCCCAAAACUGAUCAGGGUUGACCUUCCGAAAGAAAGUGAAGGAUUGGAGACAUAUCGCACGAGAGUUGCUUCUCCAAUUUCCGAGAUGACCGAAGACCGGUCACACUUGAGUGGCCACGAAGCAGACGAUGAAAUGAUAGAUCACCAUGGACACAGGAAACACUACAGAACCCGAAAAGAAAGGUCGUUAUUGACAAAAGAAGAAAUCAAAUGCAUUCAGCAGAGGCCAAAUUCUUCUUUUCACAGAUCCAAGCCUGCAGAAAAAUACGUAGACAUUCUUGGAAAAGUGCAUUUUCUGGACUAUAUUGAGUAUUCUCAAGAUGACCUCACACGGCCAAAGACAGCACAUGUUCGUUUCCAAGCAGAGUCCCCGGCCUCAGAGACAGAGAAGAUCAACGUGGCGGAUUUACAGAAUGCGUUUGAGGAUGCUUUGGAGCGGUACAACAACAUUCACGGGGAAUCACCCACAGAUAAAAGUAAACUACUCUACAAAAAUGAUGGAAACGCUUUUGAAGAGAAUUGGCAGGAAAGAGAGAUAGAGAGACACAUGCUAUUGAGAAUGCAGAAAGCGCUGAGAUCAAAGAGUGCCGCGCAGAAGAGACAGGUGUGGGAGGAACAACUGGAAGAGAAGAGACAGAAGCUUCAACAGAGGGACCGAGAUACACAGUCUGCGCUGGGCUUUCAUCCGCGGUCUGAAAACUCGUUCUUUGCAUUAACGCAAGUGGAAAGGGCCAACACUUCGAUGUCCUAUAUGCCUCUACUAAAUACCGCAAAACCCACGGUGCAGCUUCCUAAACGUCCCAAAACAGCAGCAGCCAACCUACAGAAGCAACAGAUAGAGAAAACCGCACUCAAAGUGGAGAAACCAUUCCGCUAUAAGAUACGACAAGGUGGUUCAGAAACACAACUUUCUAGACCUCCAAGUCGGCAGCAGUCCGAACCUAGUAUAUCACCACGCAUGAUUGACCCCAGGAACCCGAAUUCUCUCCGUCCUCCCUCAACCAAGUCCAUUCCCAGCAAGUGCACGCGAUACAUUCUCGUAAGUAAACAGAAACAGAGGACGGCUUUGCCGUUACCCACCCCCUUGGAGGAACAGCUGCUGGCGGAGAGAUUUCCUAUGAUGGGAGAACGAGUGUACAGACAGCACUCAGACCUAGCACUCCGCUCCAAGAAAAUGACCUAUUGUUUGGAGUACACGCCGUUCGUGAAUCAGUGGGCGUAGACCAGAAUUGAACUUUACGAUUUCAUUCAAUCAAAUUAAUAUGUUAGUACUGCAUGCUUCAAAUGUUUCGAUAGGUAAUAUGUCCCGUGAACAUAUUUGUUUUGAAAACAUUUGAUGAUCGACUAUGAUUUAAUCCGAGCAUAUUUUAACGUUUCAAUAGACAUAAUUGGAUUAGGCAACAGGCAUUGCCUAUAUGUAAGCCUUCUCCAUAAUUCUUCUUUUUAAGUUUUCUAAAUUCAUUUGUGUGAGAUUGAAAUUUAUGAACAUUGUUUAUAAUAGUGAACUAGAAAUUCAUUAUAGUCUCCUAUAUGAUUGAGCCUUUUUACAUACAUGUGUUAAAGUAGGCUAUGCAGAUUUUUGUUUUGAAAAGUUUUGAAAAGUCGUCGAAAUAAGGUGCAUAAAAUAUAACAAUAUCAAAAUGAAUUUAUGGUGUUCAAAAAAGUAAAUUAUUUACAUAUAUUUACAACACGUUAUUAAUGUUUAAUGUCGUAUUGUGUAUAUGUACCAAUUAAUUAAAGAAUUUGUUUAAAUUGUUUUGUCAAAUUAUUUUCUACGCAAAAAGGGUUCCGUUAUUCUGAGGUAGAUUUUUGGCUUUACAUGUACAAUGUAGUUCUUUUUAAUGUCUUUUCUGUGAUUCAUGUACCUGUAAAAAGGGACUAAUUUUUACUGUUAAAAUACUCUUUGAGAAAAGGAUGUCUAAAUCAUGAGAUUUAGUUUAUUGUCUGUGAUAUAUAAUUAAUUAAAAUGACGCACAUUUUUAUGAU